GAGGGGAGGAGGAAGGGGAGUGUAGACGGGGUUGUGUGUGAGGAGUAAUCCCGGGGUUGGGGAUGAGGGGAUUCCCAGAGCAAAUGCCUUCACCUCUUCCUAACCAUUGUAACUUUAGCGCGGAGCGUAGUUAGAAGGGGGCAUUCCUGAGGCAGUUGUGGGGGACGUGUGUGUUGAGCUGAAGGCUUCCCGUAUCGCUGUGUGAUGCAUAUCUAAGUAGGGUGAGUUUGGGUGGAGGUUCUUCAUGCAGCAGGGAGAGACUUGGGGUCGCUAUGGGUUUGUGUUUGGAAUGGUCUGACCCUGAGUAGAGGGUGUGUGGGUGAAAUACCUGGGCUAGAAUGGCCCCAUCUGCCAUUCAUGUGGGUUUAUCUGAUACUGAGGUGGUUCCAAAGACCUUGUUAUCCGCAUUCUCCCUUCUGAUCAUCCUGUAGCCUCGGCAUUCCUACUAAUUUCUGCUGGAGACAGAACACUGUGUUAGGAUGUGACUUAAAAUGACUUCUGAUUCUGAAGGUCCUCUGAAAAAUAUGCUGUGCUUGGAUGUUUACUAAGGACAAUUGCUGAUGUGUGGUCAAGAUGAGCGGAUUAGGAGAAAACUCCUUGGAUAGCUUGACCAAUGAGUCAAGGAAACGCAAGCCAUUGCCCUGUGACACACCAGGUGCAAGUCUGACCUGCAGUGGUGAGAAGCGUCGGCGUGAGCAGGAAAGCAAAUACAUUGAGGAACUGGCUGAACUGAUAUCUGCUAAUCUGAGUGACAUUGACAAUUUCAAUGUCAAACCAGACAAAUGUGCUAUUUUGAAAGAAACUGUGAGACAGAUUCGACAGAUAAAAGAACAAGGAAAAGCAGUUUCUAAUGAUGAUGAUGUUCAGAAAGCUGAUGUAUCUUCUACAGGUCAAGGAGUUAUUGAUAAGGAUUCAUUGGGACCUCUUUUAUUACAGGCAUUGGACGGUUUCCUGUUUGUGGUAAAUCGAGAUGGGAACAUUGUAUUUGUGUCAGAAAAUGUCACACAGUAUCUGCAAUAUAAGCAAGAAGAUUUGGUUAAUACAAGUGUCUAUGGUAUCCUGCAUGAAGAGGACCGGAAGGACUUCCUUAAAAACUUACCAAAAUCUUCAGUUAAUGGAGUUGCUUGGACCAGUGAAACACCUCGACAGAAGAGCCAUACAUUUAAUUGUCGAAUGAUGGUGAAAACCUCUCAUGAUCUUUUGGAAGAUGUAGGCAGCCACCAGGACACACGUCAAAGAUAUGAAACAAUGCAAUGCUUUGCUUUAUCUCAGCCAAGAGCUAUGAUGGAAGAGGGGGAAGAUUUACAGUCCUGCAUGAUUUGUGUGGCACGUCGCAUCACAACUGCAGAAAGGGUAUUUCCAACAAAUCCAGAGAGCUUUAUUACAAGACAUGAUCUUUCAGGCAAACUUGUCAAUAUUGAUACAAACUCACUGAGGUCUUCUAUGAGACCUGGCUUUGAAGAUAUAAUUCGUCGGUGUAUUCAGAGGUUCUUGUGCCAUAAUGAUGGGCAGACAUGGUCAAACAAACGCCACUAUCAUGAAGCUUACACACAAGGCCAUGCUGAAACACCACUGUAUCGGUUUUCCUUAGCCGAUGGUACUAUAGUGACAGCCCAGACAAAGAGUAAACUGUUUCGAAACCCUGUAACAAAUGAUCGACAUGGAUUUGUCUCCACCCACUUUCUUCAAAGAGAACAAAAUGGAUAUCGGCCAAAUCCGAAUUCAGUUGGGCAAAACAUCAGAACAGCUGUGGCUGGAAACACAAAUUCUGUUGGUGGCCUUAUGAACAUGUCACCUGGCCAAGGCAUGCCAGUGCAGAACAGGAACUACAGCAUGGGAGAUCCCAGUGCAGUGGGUCAGCUCGGCAGCACUCGAUAUGGAGGCCCUGGAAAUAUGGGGCCCGUGAACUCUGGACCUGGGAUGCAGUCCUCUGCUUAUCAGAGCAACAGUUAUGGGUUAAACAUAAGCAGCCCACCCCAUGGUAGUCCUGGUUUAACUUCUAACCAGCAGAAUCUAAUGGUAUCUCCUAGGAAUAGAGGGAGUCCAAAAAUGAAUUCACACCAGUUUUCUCCAGUUACAGGUAUGCACUCUCCAAUGGGAUCUGCCAGCAACACCAGCAACAGUAGCUUCUCUAGCAGCUCUCUUAGUGCUCUUCAAGCCAUUAGUGAGGGUGUUGGAACUUCCCUUUUAUCAACACUUUCUUCACCGGGUCCAAAAUUGGAUAAUUCCCCAAACAUGAACGUAUCUCUGCAAAGUAAAACAAGUACCCAGGACUCCAAAAGCCCUUCUGGUUUGUAUUGUGAACAAAACCAAGUGGAAAGUUCCAUCUGCCAGUCAAACAGCAGGGAUGUCCUUGGUGAAAAAGAUAGCAAAGAGGCAAAUCUGGAGGCAUCUGAAAGUCAGAGGGGACCAACUGAAAGCAAAGGGCAUAAAAAACUGCUUCAACUACUCACGUGUUCCUCAGAUGAAAGAGGACAUUCUACAGCAUCAAACUCACCUUUAGACUCAAACUGUAAAGAAUCUGCUACCAACGUUACCAGUCCUUCAGGAGUUUCCUCCUCAACAUCUGGAGGGGUAUCUUCCUCCUCAAACAUGCAUGGGUCACUCCUGCAAGAGAAGCAUAGAAUUUUGCAUAAAUUGUUGCAGAAUGGUAACUCUCCUGCCGAGGUAGCCAAGAUCACAGCUGAAGCUACUGGUAAAGACACCUAUCAUGAUGCUGGUAACACAGCCCCCUGUGGAGAAAGCGCUGUCAAACAGGAACAAAUGAGCCCAAAGAAGAAGGAAAACAAUGCUUUACUGAGAUAUUUGUUGGAUAAAGAUGACGUUAAGGACCCUCUUUCCAAAGAGCUGAAGCCUAAAGUAGAAAGUGUGGAAAAUAAAAUGGGACAAUGCAGUAGUUCUACAAUUCCGACUUCUAGUCAAGAAAAAGAUACAAAAAUAAAAACAGAACCAACAGAAGAGAUGAGUGGAGACCUGGAUAAUUUGGAUGCUAUUCUAGGUGAUCUGACUAGUUCAGAGUUUUACAAUAAUGCUAUCUCUGCAAAUGGAAAUAACCUUGGAACAAAGCAAGCAUUAUUUCAAGGAAAUGCCCUGUUGGGUAUGAGGAGUCCCCAGGCUGUGCAGACAACUCGCCCACCUUUCAGCAGAGCCAUGUCUCUGGACAGUCCUGUGGGCUCAAGUGCUCCAGCGAGGAAUGUCAAUGCAUUCUCCAUGUUACAAAAGCAAAACUUGAUGGGUGGAAGUCCAAGAAUGAUUGAAAACCAGGAAAAUUUUGGAGCAAAUCUGGCAAGUGCUCCCAACAGAAAUGUAACUAUGAACCAGCAUCAGUCAGGAGACUGGGCUUUGCCAAACUCCAAGGUGAACAGGUUGGAACCUACAAGUUCUGCUUCGAUGCUGCGCCCAGGACCUGAGUUCAGCGCCUCCCUCCCCAGGCCCUCGGUGGGCGGCUCGGUGCCUGGGCUGCCCGUGCGCUCCAACAGCAUCCCUGGUGCCAGACCAAUGCUUCAGCAGCAAAUGAUUCACAUGAGGCCAAGUGAGAUAAACAUUGGCAUGGGAGGGAAUCCAUAUGGCCAGCUAGGACCAUCUAACCAACCAGGAUCCUGGCCUGACAACAUGCUGGCCAUGGAGCAAGCCUCACGGGGUUCACAAAACAGGCAAUUAGUUAGAAACUCUUUGGAUGACCUCUUAUGUCCAGCACCAAAUAUAGAAGGCCAGAAUGAUGAAAGAGCACUUUUGGAUCAGCUGCACACAUUGCUGAGUAAUACAGAUGUCACAAGUCUGGAAGAAAUUGACAGAGCAUUAGGAAUUCCUGAUCUUGUAAACCAAGGACAAGCAUUGGAACCCAAACAAGAUUCAUUUCAGAGUCAGGAAUCUUCAGUUAUGAUUGACCAGAAGCCUUCGUUAUAUGGUCAGCCCUACCAAGGUCAAGCAGCAGCAAUGCCAGGAGGUUUUACCAACAUUCAGGGACAACAGCCAUCCUUUAAUUCAGUGAUGAACCAGAUGAGCCAGCAGAGCAAUUUUUCACUUCAAAAUAUGCAUCCCAGAGCAAACGUGAUGAGACCUCGGACCAGCACACCAAAGCAGCUCCGCAUGCAGCUCCAGCAGAGGCUGCAGGGGCAGCAGUUUAUGAAUCAGACUCGUCAAGCACUUGAAAUGAAAAUGGAAAAUCCAGUCAGUGGUAAUACCUCAGUGAUGAGGCCAGUUAUGCAGCCACAGGUGGGAUCACAGCAGCAAGGUUUUCUUAAUGCUCAAAUGGUGGCUCAGCGCAACAGGGAGCUGAUCAGUCAUCAUUUUAGACAGCAGAGGAUGGCAAUGAUGAUGCAACAGCAACAGCAACCUCAGGCCUUCAGCCCACCACCAAACGUGACUGCCUCAGGAAGCAUGGACAGUGCUCUGACAGGCCCUCCAAUGGCUCAAGUUCCUCCACAGCAAUUCCCCUAUCCACCCAAUUAUGGAAUAAGCCAACAACCUGAUCCUGCGUUUAGCAGAGUACCGAGCCCUCCCAACCCAAUGAUGUCAUCAAGAAUUGGAGCCUCCCAGAACCCUAUGAUGCAGCAUCCUCAGACAGCAACCAUGUACCAGUCCCCUGAAAUGAAGGGCUGGCCCUCAGGAAGCAUGGCCAGGAGCAGUUCUUUCCCACAGCAGCAGUUCAGCCAUCAAGGGAAUCCAGCAGCUUACAGCAUGAUGCACAUGAAUGGCAGCAGUGGCCACAUUGGACAGAUGAACAUUAGCACCAUGCCCAUGUCAGGGAUGCCAAUGGGCCCAGACCAGCAGAAGUACUGCUGACAGCUUGACCCACAUCUUCAGGCACCAAUGUGCUGUCUUAGGGAAGCACCAGGAGUAAAAGCAAAGCCACAUGUUCCUCACACCAACCUCUACUGGCCUUAUGGAAAUCAGUGACUCUUCUUGUUACUCACCACACUGUCCUAAGCUACUUCAUUCAGAGGAAAAAAAAA